AUGCCGAUGAUUCCUUCAACUAGCGUUGAUCAAGUCUUGGAACAUGUUAUAUCUCAUAUCAAGGCCCAUGUCAGUUCUAUCUCCAACAAUGCGAUCAAGCCUCCUUUCAUCCUCGGCUUAACUGGCCUUCAAGGCAGCGGCAAAUCUACAUGGACAGAUGCGCUCGUCAGUACUCUUCGCGACAAACACAAUUACCACACGAUAAACAUCUCUCUGGACGAUCUUUAUCUUGACCACGAUCGUCUUGUCAAGCUGCGCGAAAGACAGCCACCCAAUAAGUUGCUACAAACUCGUGGACAACCGGGAACCCACGACACGGAUUUAUCUCUUCAAUUUUUCAAAAGCCUCAUGAAUCCAUUGAAAGACAUUCUUCUACCAUCUUUUGAUAAAAGUCUUUUCAAUGGGGAGGGUGGAAGGGUGCCUUGUGAAAAGUGGAAGCGCAUUCCCGCAAGUGAGGCGGUUGAUAUAGUCAUCUUUGAAGGGUGGUGUGUUGGAUUCCAGCCUCUUGAAGAGGAUCAGCUUCGAUCACAAUGGCAUCAGGCUGCAGAGAUGGAAUCUAAAUCACAUUAUUCCACACAUACAUUGAAAGAUCAUUCCAUUCAGAACCUUUUGGAAGUCAAUGGUCAUCUUCGGCAAUAUUGUCAAUCAUUCAUGGGCCCUCAGCAUUUCAACUACUUGAUACAUCUAGAUACGGAUGAUCUUGUCAAUGUAUAUGAAUGGCGUCUCCAACAAGAACAUGCUAUGUGGAAAGCUAAAAACGAAGGAAUGUCUGAUGAAAGCGUUGUCAAAUUCGUGAAGGGUUAUAUGCCAGCGUACGAGCUGUAUUUGAAUCAGUUAAGAAAGGGAUUCUUUGCUGAUGGCGGGGAGAAAGGGCAGUUGCGGGUAGUUUUGGAUAAAGAGCGAAGGAUUACUAGAAUGUCUUCCACAUACUAA